CGAUCACGGUGAAACGAGUAAUAAAAAGCCACCUAUGUGUGUGAUAGGCCUCUCGUUUUUCCGGUACUGCGUCGCGAAGUAUCUUAAGACUUGCGUCGCGGCGCGUCUUUCGAUCGGAGUGCUUGCGGGGUGUGUGGCGUUUGAUCCCUCACACCUGGGCCCGCCUUGGUGCAUAAAAUGGGGCCCGGCGCAUUCUCCUCGCGCGCAGUCUUGUCCUAUGGUCCAUCUAGCGACACAAAUUGAAGCCAAGUAA